AUGGCUUCCUUAUCCUUCGUUUCUUCUUCUCACCUUACUCUACGUACUCCUUCUCUUAAUCUACGCACAGGGGCUUCUCCUAGAACCUCCGUUUCAUUCUCCGUCAAAGCUCAGUCCGUCGCACUUUCGCAAGACGAUCUGAAGAAGCUCGCGGCGGAGAAAGCUGUAGAAGCGAUUAAACCAGGGAUGGUUCUAGGUCUUGGAACCGGAUCAACCGCAGCAUUCGCCGUUGAUCAAAUCGGAAAACUUCUCUCUUCCGGCGAACUUUACGACAUCGUCGGUAUCCCGACUUCGAAACGAACGGAGGAACAAGCACGUUCCUUGGGGAUUCCUUUAGUUGCGUUAGAUACGCAUCCGAGAAUCGAUCUAGCUAUCGACGGAGCAGACGAAGUAGAUCCGAAUCUGGAUUUGGUCAAAGGUCGUGGUGGUGCUCUUCUUAGGGAGAAAAUGGUGGAAGCUGUAGCGGAGAAGUUUAUCGUUGUGGCUGAUGAUACGAAACUUGUGAAAGGAUUAGGUGGAAGUGGAUUAGCUAUGCCUGUGGAAGUUGUUCAAUUUUGUUGGAAUUUUAACCUAAUUAGGUUACAAGAUUUGUUUAAGGAAUUUGGAUGUGAUGCGAAGCUGAGAAUCGAUGGAGAUGGGAAGCCUUAUGUGACUGAUAAUAGUAAUUACAUAAUCGAUUUGUAUUUUAAGGAACCGUUGAAAGAUGGAUUUGCGGCGGCGAAAGAUAUCGGCAAGUUUGAAGGAGUGGUGGAGCAUGGUUUGUUUCUCGGGAUGGCUACGUCGGUUAUUAUCGCCGGGAAAAAUGGUGUUGAGGUUAUGAAUAAGUGA